AUGACAACCACCGUCCUGACCAAUGCAAACACAAUCUGCCUGACCGAAUCUACCCAUUACGGCCAGAUUGCCAACGGCGCGGUGGUCAUCGAAAACGACAGAAUCAACUGGGUCGGUGAGGCCAACACACUGGGUAAGGUCACGCUGAACGCUGCCGAUCAUAUUAUUGAUUGCGAGGGGCAGCUGCUGACACCCGGCCUGAUCGACUGUCACACCCAUCUGGUUUACGCUGGAAACCGCGCGCAGGAAUUUGAGCAGCGACUGCAGGGAAAAAGCUACAGUGAAAUUGCCGAGGCCGGUGGCGGCAUCAUGAAUACUGUACGCGCGACCCGUGAGGCGGAUAUACAAACUCUGAUCGAGCAGUCACUCCCCAGACUGCAGUGUUUGCUCGAUCAGGGCGUGACUACUGUGGAAAUCAAAUCCGGUUACGGCCUCGACAGUGACAAUGAGUUAAAAAUGUUGCGCGCGGCCAGAGCGAUGACCACGAACAGAAUGGUCAGGACCAGAACCACUUUCCUGGCCGCCCAUGCGCUUCCACCAGAAUAUGCUGGUAACGCCGACGGAUAUAUCGACCAGGUAUGUGAAGUGAUGUUGCCGGCGGCGGUGGAAGCCGGGGUUGCCGAUGCAGUAGAUGCAUUUUGCGAGACUAUCGGCUUCUCUCUUGCGCAGGUAGAGCGGGUUUUUGAUGCAGCGGAUAAGUGGGGGCUGCCCGUCAAAUGCCAUGCCGAGCAGCUCAGCGACACUGGCUCGGCGGCAAUGAGCGCUGAACGUGGUGCACUGUCAGUGGACCAUCUUGAGUAUUUGCCGGCUUCUGCAGUCCCGGCGAUUUCGCGUGGAGGCAGUGUCGCGGUUUUGUUACCCGGGGCAUUCUACACGCUGCGCGAGACCCAACUGCCGCCGUUGGAUGCCUUCAGGGAAGCCGGCGUGCCGAUAGCGGUUGCAACGGAUGCGAAUCCGGGCAGCUCACCACUGUUCUCACCGCUCACCGCCAUGAACAUGGUGUGCACCCUGUUCUCCAUGACGCCACUGGAGGCACUGGCCGGCAUGACCAUCGAAGCUGCAAGAGCCCUGGGAAUGCACAACGACAUUGGCUCAAUCGAGGCUGGCAAAUUUGCCGACCUGACACUUUGGAAUUGCGGUCAUCCGGCAGAAUUGAGUUACCACAUAGGCUAUAACCCCUGCACUCGUGUCAUGCAGGGCGGUCAGUGGCGCCAACCGAUAAGCGCAACAUGA